AUUAAGUUGAAAAUUUUAGACUAAAAUGGUGGGCAUAUCCCAACUUCUUCUCCAGCUCUUCUCCAUAGGUCUGUUGAGAAUGGCCUCAGCGACGAUCUUCACUCUCCAAAACAGCUGCAGUUAUACAAUCUGGCCCGGCACACUUUCCGGCAACGGCGCCGCCGUCCUCGGCGGCGGCGGCUUCGCACUGGCCCCGGGCGACACCGUCCAGCUCCCGGCCCCGGAGGGCUGGUCGGGCCGCUUCUGGGCCCGGACGGGCUGCGACUUCGACGACGCCGGAAAAGGGCCGUGCGCCACCGGCGACUGCGGCGGCGCCAUCCAGUGCUCCGGCGGCGGCGUGCCGCCGGUGUCCCUGGCGGAGUUCACGAUCGGCAGCGGGGCGGCCGGGAAGGACUUCUACGACGUGAGCCUGGUGGACGGGUACAAUGUGGGGAUAUCGGUGCAGGCCUCCGGUGGCUCCGGCGACUGCCAGUCGGCCGGGUGCGUGUCAGACGUGAACGCGAACUGCCCGAGGGAGCUGCAGGUGGUGGACGGGGGCGGCGCGGUGGUGGCGUGCCGGAGCGCGUGCGUGGCGUUCGAGACGCCCGAGUUCUGCUGCACGGGGGCCCACGCGACGUCGGCCACGUGCGGGCCGACGUCGUACUCGGACAUGUUCAAGAGUGCGUGCCCGGCCGCGUAUAGCUAUGCGUACGAUGAUUUGUCGAGCACGUGCACUUGCACUGCCUCUGAUUAUUUGAUCGUGUUUUGUCCUUCAACCUGAAUUUUAUUCGUAUUGUUAAUGGAUUUUUAUUUUAACAGUGCUA